AUGGUCAGCUCAGUUUUGCAGCGAGUGUUGUACUUGAUAUUCUAUCACGCGCUGCUAAUCAUCUUUGCCUGGUCCUAUGCCAAGUGCAUUUUGGAGCCGCCGCUCUCUCCUCCACCGGAAUUUAAACUGACAACUCAGGACUGGGAUUUGUUGCGCGGCGUACAGAACACAGACCAAGAUCGAAAUACCAUCAUCGAACGGUUGGUUGAUGACCGUCAACUCCCGGUGUAUAUGGUGGGCCGUGACGGCAACAUCAACGUUUGCUCAGUAUGCGGUAUAAUUAAACCGGACCGGGCGCAUCACUGUUCUACUUGUAACAAGUGUGUUUUGCAGUUAGAUCAUCACUGUCCAUGGACCAACAACUGUGUGGGUUUCCACAAUCACAAGUACUUUAUCGUGUUCCUCGGAUGGGGUGCGGUCUACUGCUUCUACAUUACUGCCACCUCAACACCCUUUUUCAUCGAAUUUUGGUCGAAAACGGGUGCAUUGGACCGCAAAUUUGGAGAUUUGACGGUGGAUCGAUUUCAAGUGCUAUUUCUCUUCAUCGUCUCGCUUAUGUUCGGCAUAUGUCAACUCGUUUUGGGCGGUUAUCACUGCUAUCUGGUUGGCAGAAAUCAGACAACCUUGGAAACAUUUGGUGCACCGAAAUUCCGUGAUGGUACUUCUGAUCCAAGGGCUUUCGAUCUUGGCACGAAGACUAAUUUGCAGCAAGUGUUUGGUAGGAAUUGCUUCUUGGCAAUUUUCCCCGUGAUGACCACACUGGGAGAUGGGAUACACUGGACUUAUCGCCUUGCUACCGAUGACUCCCGAAUGUUGGAUCAUGGUCGAACCUCACUCAUAGCGCUCAAUUCGACUCCUUAAUACAGUUCCGUUCUCUCGGUCUCUAUGGUGUACACAAUUUCUGUGCCAGUUCUCAGCUGCGCUUUCGUUUCCGUUCCCAAAGCACUCUUGGACAAGAUGUUAUUUGGAUGUUCUCUUGCUCUGUGUUAUCUGACUAUUUCAUACAUAGGAAGCGACCUUUUGCCCAUCACCACAGUUUCUCUUACAUGACAACAUCCUGGUGUUUCCUUAGCUCAUUUGCCCUGAACUUUCACCUAAUUUUUGAAAGACAUAACAACCAAUGAAAACCUGACUUAAUUGGUUAAUGUGCUUCAGAUUUUCAAAUAAACUGUCGUUUAUUUUCUCGAAAACUCUGAUUCACCUCAUACGUGAUUGGUCUCAUUCUAACACUGUAACUCUGAACUCCAUCCCGUAUGGUGAGUAUUUUUCGCGAGACUUGUGUUGGCGUUGUCCGAUGGAAGCUUUGCGUGUACUUCAAUGACCAUUUCGUU